CGUAGUAAAGUUAGCGACCGUUUUUUGCUUGUAUUGUUCUUUUGGGAGUGGCUUAAACCUGAUGGGUCCAACCCCUUGCAAUAAACCAUCUCAGAUUGAAAUCCAUCGGGUUCGAUAACUACAGUAAAGAUUUUAUCAACAUAUUCCGUCUGGGAAAAAAUAAAUUAUUCCUUUCUCCUGAAACUAACGAGUGGAUGCAAAAUUUAUCACCAACAAUAUAGACCAGCUAACGUUACAAGGCAUUAGUUACAGGGGGAAAUUUGAUCUGUUAGCUACUCUGCUACUAGCCAACACAUCGUAACAGAAAACUUGGCAGCUCACACUUUCGUCUGAGUGAUCGUGAUAAUUCUCUGUCACAUAAGCACUCUCCAGAAGAUGGAUCAGGAAGGAAACCCCUGAGAGAAAAGGAAUUUCAUAAUUCAGGCCAGUUGUGAGGAUUCAUAUUUUAUGAUUGAAACUUGAAGACAUGGAGGCUACAGCUGUGCUUCCAGUUCUGAAGAAAAGGCUGGCUUUCCUGUCAGGGGGGAAGGACAGACGCAGCGGCUUGAUCCUGACCAUUCCGCUGUGCACGGAGCAGACCAGCAUGGAGGAGCUCAGCUCCACGCUAGACUAUCUGCUCGGCAUCCCCAGUGAGAAGUGCAAAGCACGAGGCUUCACAGUCAUUGUAGAUGGGAGGAAGUCACAAUGGAAUUUAGUGAAGACAGUGGUACUUAUGUUGCAGAAUGUAAUACCAGCUGAGGUGUCCUUGGUAUGUGUGGUAAAGCCUGAUGAAUUCUGGGACAAGAAGGUGACCCACUUCUGUUUCUGGAAGGAGAAGGACAGGCUUGGCUUUGAGGUUAUUCUUGUAUCUGCCAAUAAGCUUACACGCUACAUUGAGCCAUGCCAACUGACAGAGGAGUUUGGGGGAAGCCUCCUUUAUGAUCACAUUGACUGGCUGAACAAAAGACUGGUUUUUGAGAAGUUCACUAAGGAAUCUACAUCCCUCCUGGAUGAGCUUGCUAUCAUUAAUGAGAAUGACAAAGCAAGCCAGCCAGACAAAGACAGUUUUUCUUCCAGGCCCUCAGAUUGUUCCUUCCUCCCGUCAUUUGACCCUGAAACUGUCUUACAGACCGGUCAUGAGCUGCUGUCUGAGCUGCAGCAGCGACGCUUUAACGGCUCGGAGGGCGGGACGGCCUGGUCUCCCAUGGACGAUGAGCUGCUGGCUCAGCCACAGGUGAUGAAGCUGCUGGACUCCCUGAGGGAGCAGUACACCAAGUACCAGGAAGUGUGCAGGCAGCGCAGCAAGCGCUCGCAGCUGGACGAGAUCCACGCCAAAGUCAUGCAGGUGGUGAACUGGCUGGAGGGCCCAGGUACAGAACAGCUCAGCAGGCAGUCUGGGAUUGGAGAUUCCAUCAGAGCCUCGCAGGCCUUGCAGCAGAAGCACGAGGAGAUAGAGAGCCAGCACAGCGAGUGGUUCGCGGUGUACGUGGAGCUGAACCAGCAGAUCGCGGCGCUCCUGACCACGGGGGAUGAGGAGGACCUGGAGGAGCUGAAGGGUCUGCAGCAGCAGCUGAGCGACGUGUGCUACAGGCAGGCCAGCCAGCUGGAGUUCAGACAGAACGUGCUGCAGUCCGCCCACCUCUUCCAUAGCACGGCUCACGAGUUGUCCCAGCAUUUGGAUGGACUACUGGGCAUGCUCUGUGCAGAAGCCACCCCAGCUGAUGGAGCUGCCAUCCAACAGACUCUGAAACAUCUGGAGGAAAAACUCAAGAGUGUGGAGGUUGGUUUGCAGGGCUUGAGGGAGAAAGGACAGAUCCUCCUCAACCAAAUCUCCAAUCAGACGUCCUGGACGUACGGGAAAGAGGUCACUGGUGAAAACAAAGAAAACGUGGAGCAUGUUCAGGGCGUCUUGGACGAUAUGCAGCUUCGGAAACAGAGGUGUGAGGAUAUGGUGGAUGUGAGGAGACUGAAGAUGCUGCAGAUGGUUCAGCUUUAUAAAUGUGAGGAGGACGCUGCCCAGGCAGUGGAAUGGUUGGGUGAGCUGCUGGAUGCCCUCCUGAAGACUCAUAUCAGACUGGGAGAUGAUACACAAGAAUCCAAAAUACUUCUGGAGAAGCACAAAAAGUUUGUGGACGUGGCUCAGAGCACCUAUGACUACGGCAGACAGCUGCUGCAGGCCACCGUGGUGCUGUGCCAGUCCCUGCGCUGUGCCACCCGCUCCUCGGGCGACACCCUGCCGCGCCUCAACCGCGUGUGGAAGCAGUUCUCCGUCACCUCUGACGAGCGGCUUCAGCGGCUGGAGAUGGCCAGCUCCUUUCACUCCGCCGCGGAGAAGAUCCUGAAAGAGAGCCCAGAACAGGCCGAGGCUGCCAUUGGCCCUGAGUCUUAUGAGGAGGUGGAGUCACUGGGGAAGACCCUGCUGGAUAGGCUGACGGUGCCUGUCCUGUUUCCUGAUGGGAGCGAGCAGUACUUUGGCAGCCCAAGCGAUAUGGCCUCCUCCGCCGAAUACGUCAGAGACAAGAUGAAACUGGUGGAGGAGAGAAGGCUGCAGCAGGAAAUGGAGGAGCAGCCAGAAGAGGAAGCAGUGCAAGAGGAGGAGGAAGAGGAGGAGGAGGAGGUGGAGGAAGACUUUGAGACUGACCCCCAGCACAGCUAACAUUGCCUCUCUCAAACCACUCCAAAGAAAACUAGGAGCUGCAGUCGACACAGCACCCGCACGCACUGCCUGCCGGCCCACAAGUACCUGUAAUGCAAAAUGUGGCAGGAAAAAAAAACCCUUCCCACCAUUUCGUGGGUGCUCUGGUAUUUCUGCCAUUUCAGUCCUGCCCUCGUGUUGCCAAGCCUUAUUAACUUACCGUUAGCAGUUAAAGAUAGAUGGCCUGUCUGCUCCCGUUACGUUGCAUGACUAGAGGGUCAGGAAAACGACUGACUGCACUGAACCUCCAAAGGCCUUAGCCAGUCCUCUUCUCCCUCAGGCAGGUGUCUAAGGCUUAUGUGGUGCUACGGAAUGUAAAGAGUGUAUAUAAAUUGCUAUCUCUUUCCUUGUUUUUACCUGCCACUGUAAAAUUCUUAAGGCUAAGGCUAAACUUGUUUAUGGACAGUAACACAAUGAAUUUUAUAUUUUUAUUUUUGUUUUUUUUUAUUUGUAAAACUUCGCCACAACCUUUGUGUCAAUACACAUACCAGUCCAAAAGGCAUUUUAUGCUGACAUGAACUGCCUAAACUACUCUUUGUAGGUAAAUAUUGAACCAUAUUUAUGUUGUUGAAGCUUUUUAAAAUAAUUCAAAAUUAUGUGAUGCUUGUGUACAUCAAUGUACAAUUUAAAAGUAAAGCUUUGUUUGGAACCCAAAUUAAAAUGGCAUAAGCUUUAAAUUAAAAGGAAAUGAAAUAAGUACUAUUUCUUCUAUUUGUAACUGUCAUUGUGUGCUUCUUGCUUCCUAGAGAACAAUAUUAAAAUAAUGGUUCUCUUUUUA